AUGUCGGUAUGGAGCAUAGAGUGUGUCACAGGAUUAUCCCUUCAUGCGAAGGUCCACAAAAACUUCAACGUCAUUGGGGUGUUGGUCUACAUUCUACUCUUCCAAGAAUCUUCAACUGGAGACCAGCUUCGAAGAAGAGAUUGA